AUGCGUCUUUUCUCUCUGACUGUAGCACUUACAACAGGGCUUAGCUCUGCAGCAACGCUCAUUCCAAAGACGGUCUUUGACUCCACGAGCUCACUUACGCAGUACUUCUCUUACAAUUACCCAUGGGGCACCGACCACAAUGGAGGCGCGCGUAUGGCUCCUUCACAUGCGGUGAUCUCCACGGCUGGCACCCUCACCUUGACUGCGCAGAAAGUCUCCGGUCAGCCACCUGCCACUCACGGUGGCAAGCAAAUCCCCAUCAACUAUCUCUCCGGUGCCGUCUUCGCGAAAGAGCCCUUCACCGUCCCCUCUGGCGGCGGUUUCAUCUUCAGUGGCAGUUUUCAAGCCACCACGACAAAGGGCACAUGGCCCGCGUUCUGGCUCACUGCUGUAAAUGGGUGGCCGCCGGAGAUCGACAUGGCGGAAUGGAAAGGUAGCGGCAAGAUCAGCUUCAACACUUUCAACACCAGCAGUGUGUUGCAAUGGAAAGACGUAAAUUAUGCGGAUCCAGGAAGCUUCCACAAUAUAAAGUGUCAGGUCAGAGAUAGGGGCAACGGGAAGGAUGCGCAGGUGAAGUACUUUCUGAACGACGUAGAGGUUACGACACACUAUGGGAAGGACUAUGUCGGGAAGCCAUUGUAUCUGAUCAUCAAUCUCCAGAUGGAGGGUGAUAGUAUAAGUAGCGGCAGUCCAGGCCCCUCUUCGAACACCACGUAUUCGGUUCGCAAUCUGGAGGUUACAACUAUGUAG